UAUGAACAAUAUAAAGCCAUUGGAAGGGGUAAAAAUUCUGGAUCUAACAAGAAUCCUGGCGGGACCUUUUGCUACUAUGAAUUUAGGAGAUCUUGGAGCAGAAGUUAUAAAAGUGGAGAGACCAGGAGUUGGAGAUGAUACACGGACUUGGGGGCCACCUUUUGUUGGGACAGAAAGUACAUAUUAUCUCAGUGUUAACCGAAAUAAAAAAAGUAUUGCUGUUAAUAUCAAGGAUCCAAAAGGGGUGAAAAUCAUCAAAGAGCUCGCAGCUGUUUGUGAUGUGUUUGUGGAAAACUAUGUCCCUGGCAAACUGUCUGCAAUGGGCCUGGGAUAUGAAGAUAUAGACAAGAUUGCUCCUCACAUCAUCUAUUGUUCCAUCACAGGGUAUGGUCAGACAGGUCCAAUUUCUCAGCGAGCUGGUUAUGAUGCUGUUGCCUCAGCUGUUUCUGGUCUGAUGCACAUCACAGGGCCUGAGGAUGGAGAUCCAGUUCGCCCAGGAGUAGCCAUGACUGAUCUUGCCACUGGCCUGUAUGCAUAUGGAGCUAUUAUGGCUGGAUUGAUACAAAAAUACAAAACCGGGAAAGGACUGUUCAUUGAUUGUAACCUACUGUCAUCACAGGUGGCGUGUUUGUCCCACAUAGCUGCAAAUUAUCUUAUUGUUCGAAAGGAAGCAAAACGUUGGGGUACAGCUCAUGGCAGUAUUGUUCCUUACCAGGCUUUUAAAACCAAGGAUGGCUAUAUCGUAGUUGGAGCAGGAAAUAACCAGCAGUUUGCCACUGUGUGCAAGAUCUUGGAUUUGCCUGAGUUGAUUGAUGACUCCAAGUAUAAAACUAACCACCUUCGGGUACAGAAUAGAAAAGAGCUUAUUAAAAUAUUAUCUGAACGGUUUGAAGAAGAACUGACCAGCAAGUGGUUACAUUUUUUUGAAGGCAGUGGAGUCCCGUAUGGCCCAAUCAACAACAUGAAGAAUGUAUUUGCAGAACCUCAGGUAUCCUCCCUUGUUUUGCCUCUGAUGAGCUGUAGAGUUUCUUGGCCCUGGGUGCAUGGAAACGGCCACUUCUGUUCAGAUGUGGGAACACACCGCUGGCGCAUGUGGCCCACUCUCCGUGUGCGCUGUGCCAGCACAGCUGCUAGUUCAACUGAAAAUUGCUUUGGGUGAAGUACAAGGCCUGGAACAUGGCGUAGGAAUGGAGACUUUGAUAAAGUGAAAAGGGGUAUGUCUAACAACCACAACAAAAGCCAGGAUUGGGAGACUCAAGUAACGGCAGAAAAAUUUGAGUGCCUACUUCUUAAGUAGACCAUUAACAGCAUUUCAUCUGUGGUUUGAACUUGGAGACAACAAAAAUGUACUUGAUGGUAGAAACUAUUUCUAGCCUAACAAUUUCAUCAUAGUCUCAUGGAUUGAGGUAACUUGAUUUUUCGAUUCAACCAAAACAGCAAAUGAUUUUUUUUUCUUGGAUAAAUGAGAGAUUGUCUACCUUUUAUACUCUGAUUAUAUGUGACAGACCUUUGCACAGUUAAAGUGAUCCUACAGGCAUCCACUGUUAAGUCAAUCAAGAAUACUGCAGGCUGGGUGUAGGGGGAUUGGUCUGCAUUUACUGAAAGUUCUGAGGAGUUUUUAUUCAGAAUCCUUAGAGUGGGAGUUUUAUUGUCUUUCUCUCUCAAUGACAAAUUAUCUGUGGAAAGUUCUGUGCAUUAUAGAUGUAUAAUAUAGAUGAUCUGUAUAUAGAUUUUAAUAGCCAGUCAUU